AAAGACUUGAAAGAGGUGUUAGCAAAGUAUGGAGUCCAAGAUGGGCGGAUAACAGACAUACCUCAAUUUACACCAAAACCCCACAACAUCGAUGAUAAGAACGAGGCUUUGUUACACUAUCUUAAAGAUAUAUGACUCAGGCUACGCAAUAUGGGACCUGUCGUUGAAAGUAAUGAAGCUAUUCGUUGUGAAUAUAUUUCAGCAAUCCUUCAUGCAUGUAUUAAUAUAGUCAGAGAACUUACCGGAAAAAAAAUAUCACUAAACCCACAGUUCGAAGUUGUUGGCGAGAAAAAUACAAAUCGUUUAAUUUGCAUCACAGAGGGUAAACAAUAUCAAAUUGCAAUAGGAUUCGCUCAGAAUGUUAUACAAUGCGAAAGUGCUUUACAAACUAAUAAGAGAAAACAAAAGGCAGAUGAUACAUUCGGUGAAGAAUAUGACUAUCUCUUCGGGAUCAUGACUACAGCUACAGAAUGGCAUUUUCUUCUUUAUAUCCCAAAUGGGCUUUUUUGCACGAGUAGAAACCCACUCAAUAUUCAUUUUGUCGAAUCUGCUUUAGAAGAAGAUUCGGAGGAUGAAAAGGAGUUGUAUAAAAAUGUGAAGCGGGUAAUGGAGGUUAUUGUUGGGUUAUUGAAGAAACGGGUGGACGUUGAGAAAGAGCCUAAGAAUAAAAAGGCUAAGGUUCAAGAAUACCUUAAAAAAGAAUAAUAAUAACGUUACUCCACAACUGUCUUGGUAUUAGCAUAGAACUAUCAUGUAUCACAGACUACGUCCUGA